GACUUCACGACUUCACAUGACAAAGGAUCUCACCUGUCGCCACUCGAGUUUGGUAGUAACAAGACACAAGACACAACACGCCUUGCAAACACUCCUUACAAUCAUACACUCUUACACCAAAAGCUUCUCAUAAUGUCGGCUUCACUUGCGCCCGAAUGCAAUGAAGUCAAGGAACGAUAUGAUUCGUGCUUCUUGAAAUGGUAUAGCGAAAAAUACCUUCGAGGGAAAGGUACCACUGAUGAGUGCGAGUCUUUAUUCAAAGACUACCGGAAGUGCUUAACAGGUGCGUUGAAAGAGCGCGGUAUUGACAAGAUGCUUGAAGAAGCACGAGAGGAUCAUAAGGAGCAUGAUGCCGUGAAUUUGCGACGGCCCUAAUGGCAUGCAAGCAUGAUAUCAGACUGUACAAACAACACAACUAGGAACCUAUGCAUGGGAAAGGCGUUCGGAUGGUCUUGCCGGUUAAGAUUGUGCUGUUAACGGGGGAAUUCAAACCAUCUCAAAUUUGUAUGAUAUUCGAAAAACAGGAACACUUUAUACUCAUAAGCAACACAGCAUGGCACGAAGGACUCUACUAGCCACCAAGGUUUAGAUGGAGACUCCCUUCAGGCGACAUGACUUAUAAGUCCAAGUUCUCUGCGCUCUUUAUUUCAUCAAUAUAUUGUAGCGUCAAUUACAUGUAUGAUAUAUCACAUUACAUAGCUCAAAUAUCCUCACCACCAUCUCCUCUCCA